GUUGAGGAGAAGAUCAAGCAAACACAUCGCAAAUACCUUCUCCAGGAGCAAUUGAAGAUCAUAAAGAAAGAGCUAGGUCUGGAGAAAGAGGACAAGGAUGCUAUAGAAGAGAAAUUCCGUGAGCGACUAAAGGAGCUGGUAGUGCCAAAACAUGUCAUGGAUGUGAUUGAUGAAGAGCUGAACAAGUUGGGCUUGCUGGAUAAUCACUCCUCAGAAUUCAAUGUUACACGGAACUACUUGGACUGGCUGACGUCCAUCCCGUGGGGUAAGUGUAGUGAGGAGAACCUGGAGCUGACCAGAGCCCAAGCAGUUCUGGAGGAGGAUCACUAUGGAAUGGAUGAUGUCAAGAAGCGAAUUCUGGAAUUUAUUGCAGUCAGCCAGCUGCGAGGAUCCACCCAGGGGAAGAUCCUGUGUUUUUAUGGCCCCCCUGGGGUUGGCAAAACCAGCAUUGCCCGCUCCAUUGCCAGAGCCCUAAACAGGGAGUAUUUCCGCUUCAGUGUUGGCGGGAUGACUGAUGUAGCAGAAAUAAAAGGGCACAGGAGGACAUAUGUUGGAGCAAUGCCAGGAAAAAUCAUCCAGUGUCUGAAGAAGACCAAGACAGAGAAUCCACUUAUACUGAUUGAUGAGGUGGAUAAAAUAGGAAGAGGGUAUCAAGGAGAUCCAUCCUCAGCCCUUCUAGAGCUGUUGGACCCAGAACAGAACUCUAACUUCUUGGAUCAUUACCUUGAUGUUCCUGUGGAUUUAUCAAAG